AGAAAUGAACAAAAAAAAAGAGUUAGCUACCUUAUAUAAACAACCUGAUUAAUAUUACUAGGAUACUUUAGAUUGUUAUAAUAAUAAUGGAAAAUAAUACUCAGAUAAUUAUCCUCCUAAUACUUAUGAAUAACCAUAAUUGUUAUAAUAAUCAAACAAAUAUGAUCAUUAUUAAUAACCCAAAGUAGAAGAAGAACUCUAUAAUAAAGUAUCUUUUUUUAUAAUAAUAUAUUUAGUAUAAAUAAGGUAAUAGUGGUAGUAAAUAAUAGAAUACUGGUAAACAACCAGUUGCUUAAUUUAAUCCAAUUACAGGAGUGGCUUAUGAGAAUGCUUAUACUAAUCAAAGAGUUUAAGAAUCUUAAUAAUAAUAAUAAUAAUAGGAUGAUGCACUUAGUUAAUUUAGUUAAUGUAUUGAAAUAUUGUUAUCAUAUUUUAGUAUAAUAACAUAAAGUAACUUCAAUGAAGAAUAAGACUUCAAAUAUCUUUAAUACUGAUAUUCAAGAGACUGAGAAUAUUAAUAUUAAUAGACAAAAUAGUAGAGUUUAAAAUAAAAGAAAAGAGUUAGAUGAUGCUCAAUAUAAAGGAUAUGGUAUGAUAUUUGAAAUGAUAUAAUUUUUUAGGUUAGUUCUACAAGAAUCAAAUUGAAGUAAUUCCAACCUAAUAUAGAGAACAAAAGUUCAUUAAUAGAAAUAUGAUUGACAAUCAGAUAUUUCCAAAAUGA